AUGUGUGCAUGUGUGCAUGUGUUGGUGGGUGGCUUGUUUCGGGCAGCGUGCCACAGUUUUGCCCACCUGACUCUGCAGAUCCUGGCUGGGCCCCAAGGUGUCGGUGACGGCAGCACUGCUGUCGUCUGGCUGGCGGCCCGGACUCUAUGCAAAAAAAAACACCCGACACCAAAGCUAAGUCCGGAGGAGUUUGACUCCAUUGCUGAAAUCGAGGAAUCAAUCAAAGACAAAAAAGACACUUUCUUGGACAUGGAAGCUUUUCUGCCAAAGAAAAACGGGUUAUACCUCAGUCUUGUAUUAGGAAACGUCAACGUAACACUCCUCAAUAAACAGUCCAAAUACGCCUACAAAGAUGAUUAUGAGAAAUUUAAACUGGUUGUCACCGUCAUCGUCUUCCUGUUCUCCUUCACCUGCAACUUCCUGUUCAGCUACAGAGCCUUAGAUGCCCUUUUCAACUUCCUGUUGGUGUGGUAUUACUGUACGCUCACCAUCCGGGAAGGGAUCCUCAUCAGCAACGGCUCAAGGAUUAAAGGCUGGUGGGUUUUUCAUCACUAUGUGUCGACCUUCCUGUCUGGAGUCAUGCUUACUUGGCCUGAAGGAGCCCUCUACCAGAUGUUUAGACACCAGUUCCUCUCAUACUGUCUAUACCAAAGCUUCGUCCAGUUUCUGCAGUACUACUAUCAGAGUGGCUGUUUGUACAGACUCCGAGCGCUGGGAGAGGGACAUAACAUGGACCUCACAGUCGAGGGUUUCCAGUCCUGGAUGUGGAGAGGCCUCACCUUCCUCCUCCCCUUCCUGUUCUUUGGUCAGUUUUGGCAGCUCUAUAACAGCAUAACGCUCUUCAAGAUGUUCCAGCUCCCAGACUGCAAAGAGUGGCAGGUUGUCAUGUGCGGCUGCUCUUACUUGGUGCUCUUCAUGGGAAACUUCUUGACCACGCUGGGAGUAGUUUACCAGAAGUACAUCAUCAACCAGGACAAGUCCAAGAGCUUAUAAGACUGGAAUAAUAAAAAAAAAGAGCCGGACAGAAUCGCCAAAGAAAAACCUUCUUGUUUGAGGAAUAAAUGUGCAUAGCUCUAAUAUUCUUUUUUAGAGCUCUUUAUAGAUGUUGUGAUUGUUUUACAUAUAUAUAUCAUGACGUUUAUCAAUGUUCUUUCCAUUUCAAGUCCUUGUGAUUUCUUUUUUCUUUUUUUUUGGGAUGUGAAGCGACACACAGGCCUGUAAAUCAAAAAUCAACCCAGUUACCUCGCUGGUCUCUUCAUUACUGUUGUAACACUGUUAGGUUUUUUUUUUUUUUGUCAGUAGGAUAUUCAGGUCAAGGAAAGAGUUACCGAAUAAAGGAUGACUUGUGUUACUUGCAUCAUAUUUAUUUAGGGAAGUUCAAUAGUUUGUUAUGCAGCAGCUGCUAUGCAUUUUUGCCUUACAGAAAGUGCUUAAUAAAA